ACAAUCUUACGCUUCUGGGUCUUGCACCCCACUCAAGUCCUCCAACAGAAAAGAUCCUAGGUCUUUUGUCUUUGUCCCAACAGUUUCAUUCUCAACGCUAAUUCCAGCUUCUUGCCCAGACAAACCUCACUAGGGUUUCUCAGUGACAUUUAACCCCAAAAACCCAAUCGAACCCAAUUCUGAAUUUCAAUGGCGGAUGCCAGGGAUCGGGACGAGCUCAGCGAUUACUCAUCGGAGGACGAGGGCACUGAGGACUACAAGAAAGGAGGGUACCAUGCGGUCUCUAUUGGGGACUCGUUCAAGAAUGGCUGCUAUGUGGUGCAGAGUAAGCUGGGCUGGGGUCACUUCUCCACUGUCUGGCUUGCUUGGGACACUCGGAGCUCGCGUUAUGUAGCUUUGAAGAUUCAAAAGAGUGCUCGUUAUUACACUGAAGCUGCAAUGGACGAAAUAAAGAUUCUCAAACAAAUUGCAGAGGGAGACCCUAGUGACAAGAAGUGUGUUGUGAAGCUUUUGGAUCACUUCAAGCAUUCAGGCCCAAAUGGGCAGCAUGUCUGUAUGGUUUUUGAGUACCUUGGGGAUAACCUUUUGACCCUUAUUAAGUAUAAUGAUUACCGAGGAGCUCCAGUGCACAUGGUUAAAGAAAUUUGUUUCCAUAUGUUAGUGGGUUUGGAUUACUUGCAUCGUCAACUUUCAAUGAUACACACUGAUUUGAAGCCAGAGAAUGUCUUGCUUUUGUCGAUGAUCGAUCCAUCUAAAGAUCCCAGGAAAUCAGGUGCUCCUCUCAUCCUUCCAACCGGUAAGGAUAAAACUGCGUCUGUUUCUGGCGCUGCGAAAGACAUUAAAAAGUUAAACGGAGAUCUCACAAAGAAUCAGAAAAAGAAGAUCCGGAAAAAGGCUAAGAAGGCAGCUCAUGGUUGUGCUGGGAUGGAAACUUUGGAGGACAAUGAGGCAGAUUCCACGAUAGUUGGCUCAGAAGAUUCCAUUAAUGAAGUGAAAUCAAAUGGCGAUUCUCUUGAAGAACAAGUGAAGGAUUCUGUAGUUGGAAACGUAUCAAUAAAGGGUGAAGAAACAGAAGAAACUCAGCAAGGAAAUACGGAACAAGAAAAAGCCGGCCGUGCUGCAAGGCAGAAGCUGUUCGCAGCUGUUGACCUUAAAUGCAAAUUGGUUGAUUUUGGAAAUGCAUGUUGGACAUAUAAGCAGUUUACAAGUGAUAUUCAAACAAGGCAGUACAGAUGCCCGGAAGUUAUACUUGGAGCUAAAUACUCCACUCCAGCAGAUUUAUGGUCCUUUGCUUGUGUUUGCUUUGAGCUAGCCACUGGGGACGUUCUUUUCGAUCCACACAGUGGUGACAAUUAUGAUAGGGAUGAGGAUCACCUGGCACUGAUGAUGGAACUUCUUGGAACAAUUCCCCGCAAGACUGCAUUAGGUGGUCGCUAUUCGCGGGACUUCUUUAACCGAUAUGGGGAUUUGAAGCAUAUCCGUCGAUUGCGUUUUUGGCCUCUAAAUAAGGUGCUAAUGGAGAAGUACUCAUUCAGCGAGCAAGAUGCAAAUGACAUGACUGAGUUCCUUGUUCCCAUACUUGAUUUUGUCCCUGAAAAGAGGCCAACAGCUGCGCAAUGCCUCACUCAUCCAUGGAUCAGUGCAGGCCCUCGACUCCUUGAGCCUUCCGUGGCUGGUAUGGAACCUCACGCCUCCAAUGGGAGUAUUUCUGAGAAAAGGGAGAAGGAUGAGAGGGAAGCAAUUGAGGUCGGAAUGGGUAAUAUGGCCAUUAAUGAAUCUUCCAAACCUGUUAUAGAAUCCAAACGUGCACUAAAUUCAUCACAGGAUUCACAACAGGCAUGACCGGUUGCAGGUGUUUCUAUUCCAUGUUUCAUGCUUUUUUUUUUUCCGGUUAUGUUCUUUUAGCAUAGAGUUUAGCUUUUGUUUUUGUUCUUUUUUUGGUGUGGAGGGAGCUUUAUGGGCUUUCCACAUUUCAUUUUGAUAUUUAUUUUGUGAUACGGGAAUGUGAGUUUGAUUAAUGAUUA